CAGGGGUUACAGUCCAAGCCACCGUGCAUUUAGGUGAAAUUGCAUAUAUUUGAAACACCAUUGAAAAAGCCUGCAAACACCCUGUUCUGCCCCAACCCUGUCCCUUUCUGUGAUGUUUUGGGGUCACGUCCAUGUUCGACAUGGCCGCGCACAGUUUGCACACAUAUAUUGAACACACAUAAAUUGCUCCAGAUAGCCAAGUAUCGUCUGCGCAGGACUUGUCUCAAAGAAUCCUGGGAACUCUAGUUUGUUACAGGUGUUGGGAAUUGCAUCUCUGUAAGAGGUAAAAUGUAGUUCCCACGGUUCUUUGGGUGGAACAGUGUACUUUAAAUGUAUGGUGUGUAUGCAGCCUAAGGCACCUUCCAAUGGUCUUAUGUUCCUAAAUGGUAAAGCUGUUCCUGGUUAGUACCACUUCAGUUUGCAGGUGGCUUAUUUCCCCCCACAUAUUUGAAUACUGCUCUUUUCCCACACAUAUGUCAAACUUAUAUGUCAGGAAGGCCAAGUUUAAUGCUUUCUGUGUGCGGGAGGGUGGGAUUCCUUUUGUUUAAUGGCAGAGUAUCCAAACAUGCACCCCUUCUCCUCUGCUGUGGCACAAUUCAGGGAAAGCUUUAUUUGCUAAAAUAAUUUACUAUAUAUACUGCUCUCUAAUUUAAAAAGGCUCAUGCAGCCAUAAAAUCACAAUAAAAAUCCAGUUUAAAAGAUCAAUAAAACAACAACAGUAUAUCAGCCACAGUAACCGCUGUGGUCCUGUUCCAUUGAUCAUAUAAACUGGUCCCAUGUUUGGAAGGGAGGCAAUUUCACAUAGUCAGUACUGGGUGUGUAGAUGCCACACAUUUAAAGCUCAUACAACAACAAUAAUUCUGGGAACUGUAGUUUACCGCUCACAGGUCUAGGAUUUCCAGCACAUUUGGGAAUCGAGCACACCGUGAUUUUUUGGGCGCAGGAAUGUGAUUAGAUAUAUGAUGUGUAGGCAUACUGAAAUCCCCUGGAAAAUACUGGCUAGAGAAUGCUGGGGAUGGACAGGGGUUAAGAUUGGGACUUGUGGGUCAGGUUAGGUUUUUGUACACUGCCCCCUGGAGGGGAACAGACACUCUUUUAUUUGAGCUCAUGCUCUGUGGCCCAUUUUUGUCCACUGAUGCCUGUCAGGAGGACAAGCGACCUCUUGCCUAAGAGGUCUCAGGGUCUCUCUGUCUGUCUGUCUGUCUGUCUCUCUCUCUGCAUCCCUGGGCAGGUGAGCAUUCAUUCACCAUCUUGCUCAAAGAGUGAAUCACUGCCACUUUCCUUUUAAGGAGAGGCUGCAGGAAAGGAAGUGGGGGAAGGGCUGCUCAUUGAGCGCUUCUUCACCACGCCUUGUUCUUGCUCCAGGCUGAGACGCCAAAGCCAAAAGCCGAUCCCGGCAGCUGAACUCAGCAGAGACUCUUGAGGGCUCUUCGAGUAGCUGCCUGAUCUCUCUCCUUGCCCAGCACUCCCUUCCGUUGCCCCCACGAUGGCCAGGAACCACCAGGUGCAGAAAGCCAAGCUGGCUGAGCAGGCCGAGCGCUAUGAGGACAUGGCCGACUUCAUGAAGGCAGUGGUGGAGGACGGAGCUGAACUCUCGAACGAGGAGCGCAACCUCCUCUCCGUCGCCUACAAGAACGUGGUCGGCUGCCAGAGGUCUGCCUGGAGGGUCAUCUCCAGCAUCGAGCACAAGACCGAGGAAGGCGACGACAAAUCCCAGCUGGUCAACGAAUACCGGGAGAAGAUUGAGAAGGAGCUGAAGGAUGUCUGCAAUGUUGUCCUGGGGCUGCUGGACAAGCACCUCAUCAAGAAAGCCAGUGACCCAGAGAGCAAAGUCUUCUACCUGAAGAUGAAAGGUGACUAUUUCCGCUACUUGGCCGAGGUGGCCACUGGGGAUGACCGCAAGCAGAUCAUCGACAAUGCACGGAAAGCUUACCAAGAGGCAAUGGACAUCAGCAAGAAGGAGAUGCAGCCCACUAACCCUAUCCGGCUGGGCCUUGCCCUCAACUUUUCGGUCUUCCACUAUGAGAUCGCCAAUGCCCCAGAAGAGGCCAUCAAGCUAGCCAAAACCACCUUUGACGAGGCCAUGGGCGACCUCCACACGCUCAGCGAAGACUCCUACAAAGACAGCACCCUCAUCAUGCAGCUUCUCAGGGACAACCUCACAUUAUGGACCGCAGAGUGCUCAGGAGAAGAAGGGGGAGAGGCUGGUGAAGAGCCAAAGAACUGAACUUUGCAAACUGCAGAACGACGGUAACUCAUUGUCUCCCCUGCAACCUCACUGUCUCUCUCCCACCCAUCCCACUUUCCCAACCCAUCCUAUUUUUAUAAGAUUCAUUUUCUCCAGCUCCUGGGAGCUCCAGCUGGAUUUUUAUAGCAAAAGGGGACUGAUCCAUGCGCAAAUGGGACUUCAGCAUUUACCUAACCCUCCUUGUGUGGCAGCUUUUUGGAGGGGCAUCGCUAUUUCCUGGCCUCUGUACUUCCUGGUAUGUGACCUCUUCCUGCAACCCAGAGCUCCUUGCUUUGUAUUAACUCUUGUAUCUAUCUGGUCAGCACCUGGUUAACACGAGAGUCUUCCUGACCUGUCAUGGAAGACAGAGAUAUCUGAUUGUAUAUGUGUGUAUACAUAUAUUUAGUGUUUAACUGUGGAAGAAAGAAUUUUUUUGUUUUGUUUUGUGUGGUAAAGUUGCCAAAGUAGCAGCUGAACAGAAUUAAGCAAGAGUUGUCACCUUUGCUUCUCACGGCCCGCUUUUUAAAAAAUAAAUAAAUCUGCUGGGUUUUCUCA